AUGAGGCUCUUCAGCUCCUCCCCGUUUGCCUUUCCCCUCCUCUUUGCGACAACGUCCAUUCCGUCUCUCCUUUUGUUCAUACUAUUACCAAACAUAGUCAAAGCCCAAAGUCUCGAAGUUAGUCCCGACGGCCGCUGCUCCGAAGGCAUAACAUGCCACCGCUCUUCCUACGGCGACUGCUGUUCCGCCUCGGGCUGGUGCGGCUCUACGCUCAACCACUGCGGCGCUGGAUGUAACCCGCUAUACGGUCUCUGUUCGGGCCCAGGUUUAGGUCCAGGUUCAGGGAUAUCAUCAUUACCACAGACGGGACCUGUACAAACGUUGACGAGGACACUGACCACUGUUAUCACGCUCGUUACAUUGAUCACCUCGACGGCAACAUCUUCGAAUACCCUCGUUACAACUACAACAAGAACCAACACCGCCCAGAUCACGGCCACAGUCACAGCCACUGCGACGACCACGAAAACCCAAGCCCAAACUCAAACCUCGUUACUCCCCGGUGUCCCUGUCCCUCCGACAACAGUCACCGUCACCAAGACCAUCACAGCCACAGCCACAGCCACAACCACAGCACCAGGUAGCGUCAUCACCACUACCACGACUACUACUGCUCCAGCCAACACCGUGACCGUAAUCUUAACAACAACCGUCACCCAAAGAUGGGGAGGAGGAGGAGGAGGAGGAGGAGGAGGAGGAGGAGGAGGAGAAGGAGGAGGUGGACGACCAAUAUGGACAAUCACCCAGACACAAACCCAAACGCAGACGGUUACGAGUAUCAGCAUCAGCACGACCACCAGCAUUCGCACCUCCACGGCUACAGCAACGAGCACCAUUACUAGCUGUGACGAGGGUGGUGGUGGUGAUGGUGGUGGCGAUGAUGAGGGCGGCUGGCCCAGUGAUGGAGGUGGGCCGGGCUGGUGGGGGACAAGAACGAAUUGGAGCUGUAGGGAGAGGUGGAGGACUACCAUUACGAAGACGGUUACGGUUUCGAGGGGAAGCUGA